UUCCAUAUCAGAGAAUCGAAACUGAGAAGAGGUCAGCUUUUUUUUUUUUUUCCCCACUUCCACACCCUGCCGGCUUCAGACACGCCCUGGUGUUUUCUCAGCCAGUUUGAGCUGGUGUCGAGGUAGAAGGGCACAGGAGAUAAGCUUCCAUCCCAAACAAAUGAAAUUGUUUUUCUCUGACAUCUUAGGAAAAAGAGAAUACAGACUCCAGACAUUCUCCAUACCGAAAUGGACAGUUUCUUCUCUUUUAUUUAUUUUAAUUUUUUUUUUACAUAGAAGAAAUUUGAAAGUUUGGUGCGAACACUGGUGACCUCUGUGACCUGUAAGGUUCCCUGGGCAGUGCAGCCCCAUUUCACUGCUUCUCUACCCAGUUUUGCUAUCAGAAUGGCAGAGAAACUCAACCUUCCAAAAAAUACAGAUGAUUGGACAAAAGAGGACGUAAACCUGUGGUUAGAAAGUCAUAAGAUUGACCAAAAGCACAGGGAAACCUUGAUGGCACAAGAUGUGAGCGGAGCAGUCUUGAAGUGGUUAAAUAAAAAGCAUCUUGUUGAAAUGGGCAUAACCCAUGGGCCAGCCAUCCAAAUAGAAGAACUAUUCAAAGAAUUGCAGAAAACAUCCUCAAAGCAUCCUGCGCAGACCUCUAAGAAGACAAAAGGCAGUAAAAAUAGCCCUAAGAUCCAGACAGAAAGUAGAGAGACUUCAAAGCAAAACCAAAGGGGUGAAGAGAACUCACAUAAGGCUGAUGCCUCUGCAGUGAGUCCAGAGGCUCAAGGUUCUAAAUCAGAAAAAAAUGAGCUGUUGGGGGAUUUAACAGAGAGACAGGAUAAGGAGUCAUCUCCAGGACCAACAUGCAUUGCAUAUCCCUUCAAUGAAUUCAACAAUCCAUAUCGUUACAAAUUACAUUUCACCCUACAGCCUGAAACUGGGCCACUCAAUCUCAUUGAUCCUGUACAUGAAUUCAAAGCCUUUACAAACACAGAAAAAGCCACAGAAGAGGACAUUAAAAUGAAAUUCAGCAACGAGACUUUCCGAUUUGCUUCUGCUUGCAUGAACUCACGUACUAAUGGCACCAUUCAUUUUGGAGUCAAAGACAAGCCCCAAGGAAAAAUCGUUGGUGUGGAACUCAACAAGGUCACUAAGGAUGCCUUAAUCAACCACUUCAUUCUGAUGAUAGACCAGUAUUUUGAGGUCCAUCAGGUCCAACAAGCAAAGAAGUGCAUUCGAGAGCCAAGAUUUGUGGAAGUUUUACUGCCAGAUAGUACUCCAUCUAACAAAUUUGUUAUUGAAGUGGAUGUCAUUCCAAAGUACUUGGAAUGCAAGGAAGACUACUUCCAAAUCAAAAUACAGGAGCAUAAGAACCAAGCAUGGCAACAAAGUUCAAAAUACUCAGUCUUUGUGCGAGAUGGACCUAGAACUAAGGAUAUUAUAGGGAAUAAAGCUGAUUUUAAAACCUUCAAGUUAGAUUUAAAAGCGGUAGCAGACUCUAGGAAAGAAGCAGAAGAUAAAUGCAAAGCAAAACCAAAAGAAAACAGCCGUGAGGGACAAAAGCUAAUUGACCUGUUGACAGGAAAUAAGGAUCUGCUGGAUAACUCCUACUAUGAGUGGUACAUACUUGUAACAAAUAAAUGCCAUCCAAAUCAAACCAAACACUUAGAUUUCCUGAAGGAGAUUAAGUGGUUUGCUGUGUUAGAGUUUGAUCCCGAGUCUGAGAGCAAUGGCGUAGUCAAGGCUUUCAAAGGAAGCCGAGUAGCAAACCUCCACUUCCCAAGCCUGUUUCUAGAAGAAAAACCCACAUUGAAUGAGAAGAUUUGCAGUCUGAAUCUUUACCAGCAACCUAGCUGGAUUUUCUGCAAUGGGAGGUUAGACCUGGGGAGUGACAAAUACAAACCCUUAGAUCCAAUUUCCUGGCAAAGAGAACGAGCUUCUGAAGUCAGGAGGCUGAUUUCAUUUCUUACACGUGACGACAUAAUGCCAACAGGGAGAUUUUUGGUGGUGUUUUUAUUACUGUCCUCUGUGGAUGACCCAAGAGACCCCCUUAUUGAGACUUUCUGUGCUUUCUAUCAAGAUCUCAAAGGGAUGGAAAAUAUAUUGUGUAUUUGUGCACAGCCGCACAUAUAUCAGGUAUGGAAAGACCUACUUGAAGCAAGAUUAUCAAGACAGCAAAAUGAAUUAUCAAGCCAAAGCAUCUCUGCUCUAAAUCUUGCAGAGAUAAAUGGCACAAUUCUUAAGUUAAAAUCUUUAACUCAGUCUUCAACACGAUUCUUGCCAUCUGUCGGCAAAUCUACCAUCCUUCUGAAAAAGGAAGAAGAAAUCAUGACUGCCUUGGAAAUUCUCUGUGAAAAUGAAUGUGAAGGUACUCUCUUGGAGAAAGACAGAGCAAAAUUACUUGAAUUCAAGACAUCCAAAGAGGAAGAUUUCUACAGAGGUGGCAAAGUGUCCUGGUGGAACUUCUACUUUUCUUCUGAAAACUAUUCUUCAUCAUUUGUCAAAAGGGAUAAAUAUGUAAAACUUGAAAAUAAGAUUCAAGAAUGGGCAGAGUCUUCUCAACCCGUGUGUGCAAAAAUUAUUCAUCUGUAUCAUCAUCCGGGCUGCGGGGGAACCACUUUGGCCAUGCAUAUUCUCUGGGAGUUAAGAAAGAAAUUCAGAUGUGCUGUGCUAAAAAAUAAAACUGAGGACUUCUCAGAAAUCGGAGAACAGGUAACAAAUUUAGUCACCUACGGAGCAACGAACCAUCAGGAGUACGUACCUGUGCUGCUCCUAGUGGAUGAUUUUGAAGAGCAGGACAACGUUUACCUUCUUCAGGCCUCCAUCCAAACCGCUGUCGCCAACAAACACAUUCGCUACGAGAAGCCUCUAGUGAUCAUUCUAAAUUGUACCAGGUCACAAAAUCCUGAGAAAAGUGCAAAGAUCCCAGACAGCGUUGCCCUAGUACACCAACUGUCUGAUAAGGAACAGAGAGCAUUUGAGCUUAAACUGACAGAAAUCAAAGAAAAGCAUAAAAACUUUGAAGAUUUUUAUUCUUUUAUGAUCAUGAAAAAUGACUUUGAUGAAGAAUACAUAGUAAAUGUGGUCAGGAACAUUCUGAAAGGGCAAAAUGUCACCACCAAAGAGGCAAAGCUCUUUGCUUUCCUGGCCCUCCUUAACGCUUUUGUACCGGACACUACCAUUUCCCUUUCACAGUGUGAGUAUUUCCUAGGAAUCUCAAACAAGAAGGCUUUCUGGGGGACAGAAAAGUUUGAAGACAAGAUGGGUACCUUUUCUACAAUUCUAAUCAAGUCAGAGGUGAUUGAAUGUGGGAGCUACUAUGGGGUGCGCACUAUCCACCAUUUGAUUGCCACCCUCUCGCUGGAAGAAUUGAAAAGAAGUUACAACUUGAACAAAAGUAAAAUUGUGAUGGACAUGCUACAAGAAAAUCUGUUCUAUGACACUGGUAUAGGAAAAACCAAAUUUUUCCAAGAUAUGCAAACACUGCUGCUCACAAGACAGCGCAAUGAGCAUGAAGGUGAGACAGGAAACUGGUUCUCUCCAUUCAUUGAAGCAUUGCAUAAAGAUGAGGGAAAUGAUGCAGUUAAAGAUGUGUUACUUGAAGCUACCCGGAGGUUCAACCCCAACGCAUUCAUUUGCCAAGCUCUGGCAAGGCAUUUCUACCUUAAAGAGAAGGACUUUAAAAACGCUCUCUCCUGGGCAAAACAAGCCAGAAAGAUAGAGCCUGAUAAUUCUUACAUCUCAGAUACGCUAGGACAAGUCUACAAAAGUAAAAUAAGAUGGUGGAUGGAUGAUCAUUUUAAAAAUGGAACUGUCUCAGCCAAUGAGCUAACUGAACUUUUAGAGUCAGCGGAGCAUGCAUCCACUGCUUUCAAGCAAUCUCAACAGCAAACUGAAGACAGAGAAUACGAGGGGAAAGAAAAGCUGUACCAGAAGUCAAAGAGGAGGUACGACACUUACAACAUCGCUGGGUACCAAGGGGAGAUAGAAGUCGGGCUCUUCACCAUCCAGAUCCUCCAACUCAUACCCUUUUUUGACAACAAAAAUGAACUAUCUAAACGAGAUAUGAUCAACUUUAUUUCAGGGAGUUGUGACAUCCCUGGGGGUGAAAAUGAGUUUAAGUCAGUACUCAAGAAUUUUAUUCCUUAUCUCACUAACCUGCAAUUUUCUUUGAAGAAAUGCUUUGAUUUUUUCGAUGAUUACUUCGUCCUUCUAAAACCCAGGAACAAUAUCAAGCAAUAUGAAGAAGCUAAAUGUCGAAGGAAGGUGGCUGGGUACUUUAAGAAAUAUGUAGAAAUAUUCGGGCCCUUGGAAGAAUUACAGAAUCAAAAUUUUAAAUCAAAGCUCAGUCUACCACUUCAAGUAGAAAAGACUCGAAGAUGCCUGGAAGCUUUAAAAGCAGACAAGUUUUCUGGACUCUUAGAAUAUCUUAUCAAAAGUCCGAAAGAUGCUGUGGUCUCCAUGGAAGAUAUAGUAAACAAAUACACUUUCCUCCUAGAGCAAUGUGCUAUCAAAGCCCAACAAAAAGAAAAGCAAAACUUCAUCUUGGCCAACAUCAUUCUCUCUUGUAUGAACCCUACCUCCAAACUGGUGAAGCCAAUUAAAAAACUGAAAGAGCAGCUUCGAGAGAUCCUACAACCAAUCGGACUGACUUACCAAUUUUCAGAACCUUAUUUUCUAGCUUCUCUUUUAUUCUGGCCAGAAAACCAACAACUAGAUCAAGAUUCUAAACAAGUGGGAAACUAUGCCCGAGCACUGGAAACUUCUUUCAGGGGCCAUUAUAAACGCAUGCAGCGCACAAAGCAACCAAUUGCAUAUUUCUUUCUUGGAAAAGGUAACAAUAGGAACAGGCUUAUCCACAAAGGAAAAAUUGAUGAAAAUUUUGAAAAGGCAUCCGAUAUUAAUUCCUUGUGGCAUAGUGGAAAAGUAUGGGAAGAAGAAAAAGUCAAGGGCCUUUUGGUUCGUUUGCAGGGACGAGCUGAAAAUGGUUACGUAUACAUAGAGUACGGAAUCAACGAAAAAAUCACAAUACCAAUUACACCCACUCAUUUAGGUCAACUUAGAAGUGGGAGAAGCAUAGAAAAGAUAUCUUUUUAUCUAGGGUUUUCUAUUGGAGGUCUUCUUGCUUAUGAUAUUAAAAUUGUUUAAGAUCCUGAGCUUCUUCAUCUAGAGAUGUGGUUUUGGUGUUCCCGUUUUUUCUUUAAUUUUCUUAUAGAUACAACUCUUAGUAAUUCUGUGUAAUGGGACUGGGGGAGCAGUAGAAGUCUGAGCCUUGGUUGGCUAUUUUUGUGUAAUGGCUACAUAGGAUUCUCUUUACUCUUCUGUCUGUAUAACUAUAUUGUUAAGGAAAAACAUGAGCAAAAUAAAAUUAAAAUAAACAUGUAAUUUGUUUUUGUCUUCAUCUCACUAGAGUCUUGCUAGGGGCAGUUUUCCCCCGGCCUUCUGCAUAAAAAUUACCUCCAUAAUUUAUCAGUUAACUUUUUACUUUUAAUUGACAAAUUGUUAUUCAGUGUGAUGUUUUGAAAUAAAAUACAUUAGCUGAACGUUAUAUUCA